AUGAGAUUAAAUCCUGAAAAGUGCGCCUUCGGUGUUACCGGAGGAAAAUUCCUCGGAUUUAUCCUCACUAGUCGAGGCAUUGAAGCAAAUCCAGAAAAAUGUCAAGCAAUACUUGAUAUGCAGAGUCCAACAACAAUAAAGGACGUUCAAAGACUAACAGGAAGUUCUGUCCUUAUAACAGAAGCUGAGAAGGUCCAACAUCCGGUUUAUUUUGUGAGUAAGUCAUUACAAAGUGCCGAGCUUCGUUACCCGAAGUUAGAAAAGCUCUCCCUCGCACUGAUUCUUUCUAAACCUAAACUAGCAGGACGACUCAUCAAAUGGUCCAUCGAGCUUUCAGAAUUUGAUAUUCAAUACCAACCAAGAGGAUCUGUCAAGUCGCAGUACUUGGUUGAUUUUGUCGCCGAACUCACAGAACCAUAUCUGGACGCAGAAAGCCUGGAAUGGACCUUGUUCGUUGACGGAGCUUCAAACCUUCAAGGGUCUGGAGUAGGGAUAUUGUUAGAAAGUCCGGAGGGCAUAAUCAUGGAACAUUCUCUGCGGUUCUCUUUUAAAGCCAGUAAUAACCAGGUCGAGUACGAAGCCCUCAUUGAUGGGCUAAGGCGGGGAUAUUCCCGACCACUUUUGAAAUGUUUGGACAGGUCUGAAGUAGAUCUUGUCUUAGCCGAAGCUCAUGAAGGAAUCUGUGGGAUACACUCCGGGGCAAGAAGCCUAGCACAGAAAAUCCCCCGCGCUGGUUUUUAUUGGCCGACGUUGUGGGAGGACAGCAGACAAAAGUGGGGAAUUGAUAUCCUCGGCCCAUUCCCCACUGCAUCGAGACAGUUUACCGACCAUAAUUUCAAGAAUUUUUUGCAGAAUCUAAAGAUAAACCAACACUUCUCAUCUGUGGAACAUCCACAGUCUAAUAGGCUAGCCGAGGUUGCUAAUAAGGUCCUCUUACAUGCCUUGAGGAAAAAGCUCGACAAUGCCAAUGGACUUUGGGCCGAGCUUGUCCCAGAAGUAUUAUGUUCAUACAAUACUACAAUACAUACAUCCACCAAAGAAACCCCAUUUCGCUUGGUAUAUGGGUCCGAGGCAAUGAUCCCGUUGGAGAUUUCACAGCACUCCUUACGAGCGCAAGUCGAACACCAUGAUCAGGCUCGCCGAGCAGAGCUUGAUUUAAUAGAAGAGGUUAGGAAUAUAGCAGCAAUUCGCCACCAAGCCCUACAACAACAGAUCGGCCGACGUCAUGAUAAAAGGGUCCAACCAAGGUCAUUUAACACUGGCAAUUUGGUGCUGAGAAAAACUGAAGAAACUCGCUGA